AUGGUGUUAAACACACUACUUCCAGUUAAUUGCAUAAUGGACACCAGAACUGAAGCAGCACAACUGGCUACUACCGGCCGCAAGCCCGGCGCAACCAUGGGGACUUUGUCUCUGGCAGCAGGAGGAUGGGUUUCGAACCUUAUUGUGUAUCUGAUAGGGGAAUACAAUGUGAAGAGCAUCGAGGCUGCUAAAAUUUUUAAUAUUUUUAAUGGCUUCAUCACUAUCUUUCCGAUCAUCGGAGCAAUCAUCGCCGACUCCUAUCUAGGCUGUUUCUCCGUCAUAUGGAUCUCAUCCCUUAUCUCUUUACUGGGUAUGGUACUCUUAGUCCUAACUGCAGGACUUGAACCUUUGAGGCCUUCCAAAUGUGGAAAUGGAUCAUACUUGUGCUCAGACCCAUCAAAAAUCCAAUUAAUAAUCCUCUAUUCUGGUCUAGUUCUGUCAGCUUUAGGAGUGGGGGGUACACGCUUCACACUAGCAACAAUGGGAGCAGAUCAAUUCGAUAAGCCAAAGCACCGAGGCAUUUUCUUCAACUGGUAUCUUGUUGCCCUGUACAUACCCUCUGUCAUAAGCUCCACGGCCAUCGUCUACGUUCAAGACAAUGUGAGCUGGGCGUCGGGGUUCGGGAUUUGUGUUGCAGUCAAUGUACUGGGAUUAGCCAUUUUCUUGUUUGGGAGUCGUUUUUAUCGAUAUGUUAGGCCACAAGGGAGCCCACUCAUGGGUUUGGUUCGUGUUGUAGUUGCAGCUGUGAACAAAAGGAAAGUAAAGCUCUCAAUGAAAGGUGAAGACUAUUACCAACAGUUGCAUGAUGGGGCCAGUACAGUGAUGGCUGCAACACCUACACAAUUCUUCAAGUAA